CCUUCCGCAUUCUUCUAGUUUUCUUUUCAUUGCUGCUUCUGCUUACUAAUUGCUCUACCAGAGUCUCCUUCUCCUUCUGGAUAUUCGACAUCAAUUUUCCGGCCAGUUGCUUCAUCGGAAAUAUUUCAGGCAGGCGACAGCAACUUGUACAGGUAUUGUUCAGUAAAUGUAUAAGCCCCUGUUCUGUCUGUUGGUAUGAUUUGAUCGAAGAAACUAUCAUUUAGACUAUAGGGCAAAUACUAUGGACACUGGGGGAAAUUCUUUACCUUCUGGGGCUGAUGGGGUGAAGAGGAAGGUGUCUUAUUUCUAUGAUCCAGAAAUCGGGAAUUACUAUUACGGUCAGGGUCACGCGAUGAAGCCGCACCGGAUCCGAAUGACCCAUGCCCUUCUUGCUCACUAUGGAUUACUUCAGCACAUGCAGGUCUUUAAACCUACUCCUGCCAAGGAUAAGGAUCUUUGCCGUUUCCAUGCUGAUGACUAUGUUGCAUUCUUGAGAAGUAUUACACCCGAAACGCAGCAGGAUCAGCUGAGGCAGCUCAAGCGCUUUAAUGUCGGUGAAGAUUGUCCUGUGUUUGAUGGUCUUUACUCGUUCUGUCAAACAUCUGCUGGUGGCUCGGUUGGUGGCGCUGUGAAGUUAAAUCACAACCAAUGUGACAUUGCUGUUAAUUGGGCUGGUGGCCUACAUCAUGCUAAGAAGUGUGAGGCUUCCGGAUUUUGCUAUGUCAAUGAUAUUGUCUUGGCUAUUUUAGAGCUUCUUAAACAGCAUGAGCGUGUUUUAUAUGUCGAUAUUGAUAUUCAUCACGGAGAUGGUGUAGAAGAGGCAUUUUAUACCACUGACAGGGUGAUGACUGUUUCAUUCCACAAAUUUGGUGAUUACUUUCCUGGCACUGGGGAUAUUCGCGAUAUUGGUUAUGGGAAAGGGAAGUACUAUUCCCUAAAUGUUCCAUUGGAUGACGGGAUUGACGAUGAAAGUUAUCAAUUUUUGUUUAAACCUAUAAUUGGGAAGGUUAUGGAAGUGUUUAAGCCCGGUGCCGUCGUCCUUCAAUGUGGUGCUGACUCUUUAUCCGGAGAUAGGCUAGGAUGUUUCAAUCUUUCAAUCAAAGGUCAUGCUGAAUGUGUCAAAUAUAUGAGAUCAUUCAAUGUACCUCUUUUACUGCUCGGUGGCGGUGGCUAUACUAUUCGAAAUGUUGCUCGAUGUUGGUGUUAUGAGACCGGAGUUGCACUUGGAAUGGAAAUUGACAACAUAAUGCCGCAGCACGAGUACUAUGAGUAUUUCGGACCUGAGUAUACCCUGCAUGUUGCUCCUAGUAAUAUGGAAAACAAAAAUUCACGAGUAAUAUUAGAAGAUAUAAGAGCAAAUCUUCUUGGUUAUCUUUCAAAGCUUCAACAUGCUCCCAGUGUUCAGUUUCAAGAAAGACCUCCUGAUACUGAACUACCAGAGGCAGAUGAGGAUAUCGAAGAUGAGAGAUGCGAUCGAGAUUCCGACAUGGAAAUUGAUUGUGAGGGGAAGAUGUUGCUGAAACUAAAGGUCUUGAAAGAGCAGCAGCUGAAGCCUCAUGCAAACAGGCUCUUGAUAUGAGUUCGAUGAUGGAUGAACACGGUCUGAAGGUUGAAUGAGGAACAAUGAUCGAGGCCAAGAAUCUAAUGUAUUCCUAGCAAUGGAUGAGCCAGAAAUUGGUCAUUUUUGGGGUGUGCCAGAAUUUUGGAGCUGUGACAUGGAUGAGUGAGAAUGUAUAGAUGAUGAAGCUGUGGAUACCGUAGGCCAUUGAGGAUGAAAGAGCUAUGUUGAUAAUUGUCCUCCGAGAAAACAAACACAUUGGACUCAUCUUUUGAUUUUUUCUCUGAGGAAAACUACAAAAUAGGAAUAGGAAGGGAUAGAAAAGGAAAAGGGAUAGACAGAACUCAUCACAAACUUUGUCAAAACCUAAUUUCAGUGAUAUCAUAACCUAAUUUCAGUGAUAUCAUUUGCCCUUGCUA